CAGGGCGGGUGCCACUACCGAGAAGGCCCUUUGCCUGGUUCCCUGUAACUUCGCUUCUCGCAGUGAGAGAACCGCCAGAAGGCCUCGGAGCUGGACCUCCAGUAUCACAGUAGUGAUGGGUGAGCUGCUAUGCUUGGCAAAACUGCUAGUAUCUGCUGUGUUGUGAUAAGAGAUGGAUCAGGGAUUUCUUCCAUUUCCUUCCUGUGCUGAGAGGCAGCAGUAGAGGUUAGAGUGCUGAAGCCAACAUUGUACAGGGACAUGAUGGCUGGGCAUAUUGUUGGUCCUUAUGAUGUCAGCAACCUGAAUCCAUGAUGGCACAUCUAUCCAACAUAGCAACAAUACACUUUCACAUCUCUUGACUGUGGCAGCAUCACCACCCUCCACUGCUAUGCAGUGUUGAAAUGUAAGGACAAAGUUCCCCUCCACCUUCUGUUGCCACGAGGUUGACCACUGGUAGUUUUGCCUAGCAUACAGCCUCACGGCUCACCACUACAUUCGAACUAAUGGAAAUCAAGGAGGUACCCACAAUGAACUCUCUGAGGUGUCCAACCAUCAGCCUGAUUUUACUAAGAGAGACAAGAAAUAGUCUUAUAACAAUAUGUAAGAGAAAUAACAGAAAAUCUGGAAUAAUCCUUUAGCAAAUAGCAGGACCAGGCAUCUGCUUCCACCCAUUAUGGUUUAAUAAUUGGUAUAAGAUUUUCAUUGCAUUCUAUAUUAUAAUAUGGAAUAAUCAUUUUUACUGUCACAUAAAUUGUUACGGGUCUGUCUAAGCAAUACAUAGAACUUCUGAUUAUAUUUAUGCUUAGACCAUGUAUAUGUGGAAACUCACCUGAAAAUCAUUUGGAUAUCCAUGUAAAUAUGCUUGAUACUGAGAUUUUAGAUGUGCAACAAACUAUUAAAAGUUUAUAACAUUCAAGGUUGUGUGAAUCGUUACAAACACAACUUACAAAUAACUUGACUAUGAAUGUAUGUCAGUAUUAGUUAUUGUAAUAAUCUAUCUCCCAUGAGUUUAAUCUCAUGUAUUUUCCUAUAUAAAUUAAAAGUCACCUCUUGCCUUGAGAGCAAACAGAGGAGCACUCUCAGUGGAUUAUUCAAUGACAUACAGUCAUGGUAUUCUCCUCUCGGAGAUUCAUCAAAGUGAGCCAAUAAUUUCCCACAAGUAUUGCAAGAUUUGUUUCUUUGUACUGGCAUUCAAACCCAAACUGGUGGAGAUUAAACUUCUAUGAAUAUUUUUGUUGUGGUAUAGACAAUUUUAUAUUUUGCUGGUUUCAUUGCUUAUUUUUAAUACUGAUCACCUCAAGAUUGGUGAGGUCAGAAACCUAAAUCCCCUAAAGAUUCAACUUUGAAGACUAUGGCUUCCUAGUCAGGCUGUCUUCUGAUUAAAGAUGCUUGAACAAGCAUAUGACUUGUAGGCUGCAAUUCCACUUCCCUGGAAGUUAAGUCCCAAUGACCUCCUCUGAGCAGACAGAUACAGGAUUCAACUACAUUCUACUAGAUUAAAUCUGCAUACAUAUGCAUAUGAAUAAAAACUCUCUUUCUUUUUCUUUGCUUUUAGAUCGUACACACAGUACCAUAGCAGGAAUCACCUUAGAAAAUAUACUCACUCCUAUGUGAAAGAAAACAGAAUUCUUCUAGAAAGGCACUUGCCAUCUAGCGUUGAUAAUUUACAAAAAAUUAAAAACCUACUACCCGAUUAAUCAGGAGCACUAUUUUAAUUUUCUUCCUUAACUGAUCAAUCUAACUGUUUAAUUAGCUAAACACUGCUGUCCUACAUCAUAGGCUUGCAGUACCCAAAAUACUCAGCACUGUGGCCUUCAGUUCUGAAGCAUCUUCCACUUACCCAAAUGCUGGUCCUUCAUCAUCGAUGUAACGUUUCUCAAAAGGUCUUUUUCUUCCCCACUUUGCAUUAAAAUUGUUAUUUUUAGACCUUGAUGUCCACUGAAGUUGAGGGUCAGGCGGCAGGGUGUUUGAACAAGGGGGGAGGAGGUGUGAAAAGAGGACAGAAAAAAAUUAAGGAAAGCCACUGCCAGCAAGUAUUGACAAUAAUGGGCUAGAUGGACCAAUGGUUGGAUGCAAUAUAAAGCAGAUUCCCAAACAAUUUCAUUUAUUUCAAUUACAGUCUUGAGUCUGUGGUCCUUCUCACGCCUUAGACUUUACCCAAAGGGCUGCACAAGCAUUCAGCAAAUGAACCCAGUUUCACAGUGAAUGGAACUCCUAACUCUCUUAUCUCGCUACUAUAACAAGUAAUUCAAUCUGCUCCAUGUCCCACAAAUCUAUGGAAAUUAUGGAAAUGGAAUGCUAUACAGGCAGACACCCCCACCUACACACUUUCAAUAUAUGUGCGACCAUGUAAACACAAAUUGUUCCAAACCAGGAAGUGACACGGAAUCAUAAUAAAGACAGCACUGAAACGUGAUGGAAUUGGGGCAGGGGUGGAGCGGGGUAUUUGCAAGUUUUUUCAAUGGGUUCCAAUUAUGCGCGAUUUGGCAUAUUGCAGCCCUGAAAACUAGAAAUCUGCACGUGUAGCCAAAGGCUGUGAUCUCAGACCUUGCAUGCGUAGUGCAGGGUGCAGAAUGAUCUCUUUUAAGGAUAGCCUCCCUUCUCCCACCAGGUCUCUGUGCUUAGUGUACCACCAUUGAGCAAAAACACUGUCGAAGCUUGGCCAACCUGCCCUUCUCAAUAAAGGAUUGGAAAACUAUGACCCUCCAGAUAUUGCUGGACUGUUAACUUCCAUCACCUCUGACCACUGGUCAUACUCUGUAGGGUUGAUGGGAGCCCUGUAACUCUUCCCCACCUCUGCUCUAAGUGGAGGCCUCUCCUUAUAGCAGUAGGUUCCUUAGUCAAGCCUUCAGUGCACAGAUGCUCCCAGCAGAAGCAAAGUCAUGCAUGUGAGGAGGAGCAGCCUGCUGGAUGCGCCAUCCAUGGGCUGGAUGCAGCCAGCAGGCCUCUCCCCAUGCCACCCCCUCUCUCAGGCCCCUUUUGUCCUGCUGGUUCCCUCUGAUAAGCUGAGCAUGGCAGAGAGGAGGGACAAAAAUGCAGGAUGGGGAGGUUUCCCCUGUACAAUUUGCCACCGCCACAAGUAGGGAACAGCUCAGCAGCAGGGAAGAGGAAGCAUGACUGAGUCCUGCUAUCAAGUUGCCCGUGAAUCAAGAGUUUGCUUUCUUUCACAAGGGCAGUUUAUUGCCUUUCUGUGGUGUACACUGAGAAAGGAAGCCUCCUUUCAGUACAUAGCACAGAGACACUCUCUUUCUCCCUGGGCACUUGCUGCCUUAUUGUCUGUGUCUGAGUGAGAGAGAAAGCGGUGUGCAUGAGAUAUCUGUCUGUCUGUCUCUCUGCUUCAGACCUGCCCAUUUAAAUGGAUGGGCUUGCUGAGAUGCCGUGUCCUUGCAACAAGCACGUGGGGAAGAGGGGACAUAAGUGUUUCUUACGAGAGACCCCUCCUCCGUAUCUUGCUUUUAUUGCACAGAAAACUGCAGUCAAAAUGAACAAAUGAAAGGUGUUAAAUAGUUUCGUCCUUCAUUUUUCAUAAAGUGUCAGCUCAAUGUGUUAUUUAUCAUUCGCAGGCAUAAAGUGCAAAACUAGAUAUUUAAAUACAGUGGUACCUCGGGUUACAUACACUUCAGGUUACAGACUCCACUAACCCAGAAAUAGUACCACAGGUUAAGAAUUUUGCUUCAGGAUGAGAACAGAAAUCGCGCGGCAGCAGCGGGAGGCCCCAUUAGCUAAAGUGGUGCUUCAGGUUAAGAACAGUUUCAGGUUAAGAACGGACCUCCGGAACGAAUUAAGUUCUUAACCCAAGGUACCACUGUAGUACACAACAUCUUGUGGGAUACCACUGUAAUUAUAGAACAUUUAAUUUUCAAAACAUGAAUAAUGCUUGCCCUAAAAUAGCUCUUCCCAAGCCCUUCACAGCAGUGCAGAAAACAAUAAACUUCUGUUUACCUCUUGCAAUGUGCGAUCCCACGGGUGGGAAAGUCUAGACAGUGGGGACUGAACAUGGGCAUCAUCUGACUGUGAGGAUUUCUUCUUUGGUAUUCGAUACUGGAAUGAAACAUUGCAUUUUUUGCAGCAAAAGAAUGGAAAAGAAAACAAUAAAACAACAUUGAACUCCACACACAACCUUCAAGGAAAAAAGAGUUAAGGUACAGAAACUAGUAAAUUAUGAUAUUCGCAUUUGGAACUCUGGGCACUGAACUUGUGAGACUUCCGGUGAAGAUGGCAACAAGUAAGGCUACUUAUCUGUGAACUCUGCAGACUGUUCUGGUUUUAGUUUACUUUUAUUUUGAAUACUGUUAAAGCAUGCUCAGCAGCAUUUAACAACAACAACAACAACAACAAUUAAAUUUGUAUACCACCCUUCAACCAAAGAUCACAGGGCGGUUCACAACAUAAAAAUAUAAAAUGAGAACACAAAAUACAUAAUACAACAAAAACCAAUAACCCUUCCCCCACAAACACAUUUAACAGACCAUAGAAUGUUAAUCAGGCCUACUCACAGAGGAACAUAUUCACCUGGCGCCUAGAUGGGUAGAGAAGGCACCAGGCAAGCAUUCCACAUACGGGGAGACACUGCAGGAAAGGGCCACUCUUGUAUUGCCACCCUCCUCAUGGAGGAGACACAAGAAGAAGGGGCUCAGAUGACAAUCACAAGGUCCAGGUUGGUUCAUACAAGAGCCAUUUAAGGCUUUUUAAGUCUAAACCAACACUGUGAAUUGGGCUGGGAAACUAACUGAUAAUCAGUGCAAUUGGACCAGGAUCAGUGCAAUAUGUUCACACCAUCUUGUCCAGGUGACAAACCUGACCACCAAAUUAUGCACUAGCUGAAGUUUCCAAACUGUCUUCAGAUGCAGCCCCAUGUAUAAUGCAGUAAUAGUACAAACAUAUAUCAACGUUACGUAUAUAAAAGCAAUAUUCAUUAGACAUAAGAGUUUUAAUUUGCCAAAUAGGUCAAUCUUACGGUCGUUGUAGUUAUGCUCAUGUAUUUUUCAUUUCUAAGAAUGUGGCAUACAUUUGUUUAUUUACAUGUAAAUGUUAUUCCGAUCCAUCCAAAUGGUGACAUUUUAGAAAAGCUACCAAAUAUUAUGAGCUACACUCCCAAAAUAAUGGAUGCAGAUCAAGGACAACUUACUUUAGGCUGACUUGAUGAUGAUUUUUUUCCAUGUCCCUCCAUAGUUGCUGCUGUACAAGGCAGACAGAAAGUAGCAGUAUUGUGAAUCAUGUUAUAAUCAGCAUUUCCAAAAGUAGCUAAUUAAAGUAUCAUUAGGAGGCAAUGCAUAUUUCCCAGAUGUUAAAGGUAGGCACAUCCCGGGUGAAUAAAAACGUUUCUCUGGUGAUUGCUUUCUCCAAAAUCUGUAUACAGCUCCAAGGCAACUGCUGAUCCCAAGGACUUCAAAUCAUAAGGAGGCGGCAUUAACGACAUGCCUAUUGUUUUCAUUUCUGCUACUGCCAAGGACAUUAACUGAUAAAAAGCUGGUCUGUGCCAUUUCGUUUGGCAAGUUCCAAGUUGAUUGGGAAACAGAACAUCCACCAAUCCAGGAGCCUUUUCUAUGCUAAGCGCUACUUUGAAAGAAAAAGGUCUACUUGGUACGGCAUCUUCUGCAUCACAGAUUUAGACUAUUAAAACAAUUCUGACACAGGCCUUGUACAAAUGUAAUGGUACAAUGCAGAGGAAACUGAAAAUGCCCCAUGGACUGGCAUAUUCCUCCCUCUUCUUCCUCUUCCAGGCAUGUUCCUUCCUUUCCCCCUUUAUUCUGCACCCCUUUCUGCACUAGCUAUACUGAACGUUAUGUGUAAAUGAGUCUAAAUAGACCCAUUGGGUUUAAAUUUCUGAGUGGCUUUUGGCAGAUUUGACUACAACAUCAAUAGCCCAGAUCAAAUAGGUACUGUGUUCUGUCUGGAUUUUGAGUCGUGCUCCUCUUUAUAAUUGGUGCACACUCAGAGAGCCUGUGUGGUGUAGUGGUUAAGAGCAGUAAAUUCAUAAUCUGGGGAACCGGGUUCGCGUCUCCGCUCCUCCGCAUGCAGCUGCUGGGUGACCUUGGGCUAUUCACACUUCUCUGAAGUCUCUCAGCCCCACUCACCUCACAGAGUGUUUGUUGUGGGGGAGGAAGGGAAAGGAGAAUGUUAGCCGCUUUGAGACUCCUUAAAGGGAGUGAAAGGCGGGAUAUCAAAUCCAAACUCUUCUUCAGUGAAUCACUAGUAAUGUUAGCAUAUCUCCUUGCGGGUUGACAUGUAGUGAUCCAUAAGGCUUGGUUUGGCAAGAGAUGCUGGGAAAGUGGUAGUGUGAGACAUUAUCUACAGCAGGGUUGGGGAACCUAUUUUUUAGCGUGAGAGCCACAUUCCCUCCUGGGAAACCUUCAGAGAGGCCAGCGGUAGGCUGACCAGACAGAGCAACAAGUGUAAAUGUUAUGUCUGUAAAGGAAGCGAGUUCCUACACACAUGCACAUACCUCUCUGCCUGUCCUUCAUCCAGUUAAGCAAGAGGCAUUAUCAGAGUUCAAGGGCACAUCCCAACCAAGCAAAAAUAUGCAAUGUGCAAAGCAGAACCAGCUGGAAUGCAGCCUUGGAAGUGUUCUGAAGGCCAGUCAGUGAUGCCUGGAAGGAGCCACAUUUGACACACACACACCGCCCAAGUUAAUGCUAGUUAACUAUUAGUGUUGCAUUUCUAAUUGGGAGAGUAAAAAUGAUACACCUCCCCCAUAACACAUACAUGUGUGUGAAAUAGAGAUAUUAACCCACCACGACAGCAACAAGAACACAAUACAAUACAGUGGUACCUCGGCAUGCGAACGGGAUCCGUUCCAGAGCCUCAUUCGCAUCCCGAACAGAACAUAAGACGCGACAGCGCGUCUGCGCAUGUCACGUCUCGCCACUUCUGCACAUGCGCGAGUGGCAAAACCUGGAAGUAACGCGCUCCGUUACUUCCAGGUUGCUGCAGAGCGCAACCCGAAAGUGCUCAACCUGAAGCGUAUUUAUCCCGAGUUAUGACUGUAUCAAUGAACAAUUGGGGGGAAACCAAAACCUGAAUGUCACUGUAAAAAAAGUUGUUCUCUAAAAAUCACCUGACAACAAGAGUCUCACUCUUCUUUCAACAAGACUUUUGUAAUUAACAGCUAGCUGCUUGACAUGCCAAAAUGCCACAGUCAAACCUUUUCUUGGUCUGGAGACAAAAUAAUAAGAAAAGCUUCAUAGCUAAAUCAUUGUCUUUUUCUGAACUUGAACCUUGCAAAGAAACAUCUGUACAUCUAGACUGCAUCUUUUGUAUUGCCUCAAUGUUUACAGUAUUUUACCUAUUCCUGUUAUUAUCGAUGACUGGGUGAACCGGGGAUAACACACCAUGCAUCUGAUGAAAUGGCCCGAGCCCCCAAGUGCUGAUGGCAUAAAAAUCCGUUAAUUUCCAAGGCAAUAAAAGGCUCUCGGUUGUUUUCGCUGCUGCAGCAACAAGGACUCCUUUCUGUAAGACAGGUGGGCAAGAGCUUCCUUGUUGUUGUUUAGGACACUUCGCGAUACGCAUAAUACAACAAACCUGGGGAUUUGGGGAUUUACAACCCCCUGUGUACGUUUAACUAGGACGCGGACGCCAACCGAAAGCAGCCCGGCUUCCUUCCCAGCAAGCAUGCACAGGGACUGAGACUGCAAUCCUAAACGCAUUUACAUGGGAGUAAGGAAGACCCACUGGCAAAAGGGCUGCGCCUUCAACCCCCAUCAAAAAACACAGAUGAUCCCCCCCGCUCGCCUCUGAUGGGACAAACAUCACAUUAUUUAUGGUGCCUGGCAGUAUUUAAAAUGCAAUCACGACCGCAGGACCAGCAUCCCUCAGAAAGGAAGCGGAUCCGGGCGUGUUCCGGGGAAAAGAAAACAAACCCGCGGUAGGUCCGGCCCCUUCACCACCCGCCCCUCUCUCCUCUCACCUGGCCACGGGAACGCCACGGCCCCCCUCCGAGCGCGCUCGGCUUUGUUGAUCCGGAGUGGCGCCGGAGCCGCUUGGUCUGCCCUGCGCACUUCCGGCACAGGCGCCGCCCCGCCGCUUUCUCUUCGGUGGGGUAGCCGAGCCAGGCAGCCACGUGCCGGGCGUUGCGCAUCAGCCUUCUCGGCUUUCGGGCCUCUCUCCGCCCCACUUUGCCUCUCCGGGUCUGGCUGAGGAGGCCCUCCCCUCGCAUACAUCCACGCCCCCCUCCCCUUCAUGGUCUUGUUUCGAAACCACAACGGGAAAACAAAGCUUUAAAAAAAAGUUAACGCGGGGUGGUUGCGUUGGUUCAUUUAAAGGAAGAAAAAUACUAAGCCACUCUUGAAUGAGCUUUGCAGCGCGCUUGCCUGCCUUUUCACACAGUGGGUGUUGCGCAAGCGAAGGGAGAAAAAGGUUACUGGGUUGCCCCUUGGAAAAAACGGAGUACAGUAUGAGAGAUGAAGUGACGCCCUGCAAGAUGUUUCUCUGGGCUGGGUUCCAGCCACUUGUUGCCUUUUGCUUGCCCUUUUGUGCUAAUUAAGCAUAGCUCUUAACUGCUAUCAUGUUUCCCUUUCAUUUUCUCUUCCUAAAGAUACACUCUCACCCAUUUCAACUACUGUACAGUAUUAUUCAUAUGACUUGGCUUAAACUUUCUUUCUGCUUGGAGGUGUAGACACAGUUGUGCUCAAUCCCAGCAAUAUUAAAAUCUUCACUUCUGUCUCCAGAAACAGCUAUCUAUACACACACACACACACACACACACACAGUCAUACCUCGGGUUACAGAUGCUUCAGGCUGCGUUUCUUCGGGUUACGGACCUGCCGAAACCCGGAAGUACUGGAACGGGUUACUUCCAGGUUUUGGCGGUCGCACAUGCACAGAAGCACUAAAUCAUGUAUUGCGCAUGUGCAGAAGUGGUGAAUCGCAACCCGCGUGUGUGCAGACGCGCCGCUGCGGGUUGCGAACGUGCAUCCAGCACGGCUCACAUUUGCAACCCAAGCGUCCAAGCUUUAAUAAAGAUCAGGCUUACUAGUUACUUCCGGGUUCCAGCAGUCACGCAUGCGCAGAAGCGCUAAAUCACACUUUGCGCAAAAGCGCCGAAUCGCAACCCAUGCGUGCGCAGACGCGGCGCUACGGGUUGCAAAUGCUGUGGGUUGUGAACGUGCCUCCCGCACGGAUCAUAUUUGCAACCCGAGCGUCCACUGUAAUGCCAUUUGCUUCUGUAAACAGAAAUGCUUGCUGAAACAGAUUGCCUGCUUUUUCAUAUGUGUCAAAUGAAGUUAGUGGAAAGUUUUCAGAUACCCUUUGAAGCUCCUCCCUGUUUUUGUAUCCUGCAAUCCAUCAAGUGCUUUAAGUAAUUCAGUCCCUGCUUUAUUUUGCCACUAAUGGCCUUUUCUUUUUGUGCUCGCCAAAGAAAUGUAACAGAUAAGGGGCCUGAAUUAUAAGAAGGUGUGAAGGAGUUUCCCUAUGUCUGGUUUUCUCAGGUCUUGAUAAUAGCCAGGAGUCUCCUGAGAAGGAGGGAGGAGGAGGAAAGAUGGGACAGGGUUUACAUUUAUCUGGGAGUUCCAUAAAAUUGGAAACCUGAGUUUGCUGCUUCCUCUUCUGCGUGUGUGUAUAUGAUUUUGGUUAUAUCUUUCUGCAUGUAAUUUUCUUAAUAUAAAUAAAUAAGGGUGCAGUCCUAUAAUGCUUCUUUGAAAAUAACUUCUGUUGAAUAGUAGAAAUUGCGACGCACAAGUAGAUGUUUAGAUGUGUAUUGUGGGCAUAUGUAGGUUUACAACCCCCUAGGUAUCAAGGUUAGUUUCAUACAUCACAUUCAUAAGGAGUAGCCAUACAAUAUUCUACACAGUGCACAUUUCAAGUUGUGUGGAUUGCAUAGGUGUAAUGUUGUGUGUGUUUUGGCCAUAUAGGGCACGUAUGGCAGUUUUAACUUGGGAGCAAUUUAAGAAUUCAGUAUGGUGUUUACAGAAUUAAAGAACUGGAUGAAAUGCAAAGAACAAGGAAACCUCAAUACAACAAAGAUUAGGAAGCACUUUCCCACAUUAUCAAUUUUCAUGCCUAUCUUUAGCAUGUGGUGCACAACUGAGUUUGUAAAUUAUUUGCCCUUAAAUUUGGCACCAUAGCUAUACUUGAUUAGGAAACAAUAAGCCCUGAACUACAACAUCUUAAUAGUUGACUCUAUUCGGACAGAUCUCUGAAGCAAAAUAUCCAGAAGUAUCUAGAAGCCUUUGCUGUUAUUCUCAAGCAACAUGAAUGUAAGUAUGUUCUGUAUUUAGGGGUGUCUGUACAGGGGGCCUAAGGGGAGAGGAGACUGAGGGAAAAGUGUGCUUCACAGCCAGAAGUCUUGGCGCCAAUAGCCUUGGCACUUCACUGGAUACUGUACUGGCAAAAGUCAAGUAGAACUACACUAGAAAUAUAUCUACUUUUUAUCUGUUACUACUGGCUAAAAUUACCCAGUUCAGAGAAUGCUCUGAAGGUAUCUACUAAAGUUUUACACUGAAGUAUAGUAGGUUUGGGCCUCACCAGCACUUUAAAACAUCUAAUAAACCUCUCAUCAUUCUGUGCUACUUUGAAAAUGGAACGGGAUACAAAUGCAACAAAUAGAAAUAUUUGUCACUUUUUAAGUGAUUUAAGUUAAAGUUAUUUUUACUGCCGUCCCUACCUGAAUAGUGAUAUUUUAAGAUUUUCUACAAUAUUUUUACAAGAACUUGAAUACAGAUGUUUAAGAAAUGUAUGGUUUUUUGUUUAUGUCAUGAUCUGUCUGUUUUAUUUGUAGUGGUCACAGAUGAAUGAAGACUUGAGCUUCAGAAAACUAAUAAAUGGUUCAGAAUGUCCAGAAACUCUCAAAUAUGACUUUAAUAAAAAUGGAGAGCUUAGGCAUAUGGAUACCAAUGAACCUUUUGUUUAUGAUUAUCAAGAUUCAGAUAAUGCUAAUCACCGACAUUAUCAAUUUCUUGGAUACUUAAUUACGCAGUAUGUUUUCGAGCUCCUGGAAAAGACAUGCAAACUGCAAAAGAUUUACAUCCCAACAGAUGCUCCAGACAAUGAACGUUGCAGUUUUUUUUUCAUGAGUGAGAAUGCAUUAACUAAUUGCUCAAUUCUAGUCGUCCUCCUUCAAGACAAAGGACCUUUUCGUGCAGGUCAGUGGGGACGAAAAGUCAUCGUUCAUGAAGGCCUCCAACACGGAUCUCAAAUACCAUUCAUCUUAAAGGCUCUGCAGUGCUCUUGGGGAGUGAUUGUUUUAAAUCCCAAUGAUAACUUCAUUGAACUGAAGACAGAACAAGAAUGCUUAAGCCUGUCUGUGAAAAAAGACUCCACAUGUCCACUACAGUUACCCUUGGCAGUCCCAAAGAGAGAGAGCAGUAGCCCUGAAGAGCAUACAAGUUACGUUUGGGACCAUUUCAUUUCAAAGAGCACAGCGGAAAAGGUGGCUUUCAUUGCCCAUGGCUAUGGAGGUUUGGUUUUCAUUGACCUCCUCAUGCAGAGAACUUCAGAGGUAAUGAACAAAGUAGGUGCUGUCGCACUUAUUGACUCCACACACCACACACCGCACCAGACACAAAGCAUUUCCCAGGUGCAGGCCUGGAUAUGGAAACAUUGCCGGGAGUGGGUAUCACACAGUGAACCUUUAGAUAAGUCAAUAGGCUUUAUGGUGAAAGUGGAUUGCCCUACAGUCUCCACAGGAACUGAAAAUUAUAGCCUGGCUCCUUCCUCUAGUCUACAGUCCAUUUUCAAUUAUCUUAAGAGUGCACUGAAAGUCUUCACUAAAAAACCAUUCAAUCGUUCACCUAUUCUAACAAGGAGCAAAUCAAUGAAAACAAGUUAA